GCCAAAUAAAAGAUGGCGAAUUUAUUGCAGAAAUUCUCAUCUCUGCCAUUGAGUCUGUGGGACCCCGCAAUGUUGUCCAAGUCAUAACGGACAAUGCAAAAAAUUGUAGAGCUGCUGGUUUGUUGGUUGAGCAACGCUAUGAUCACAUCUUUUGGACACCUUGUGCGGUACAUUCGCUCAAUCUUAUGCUACAAAGGAUUGGGCAAAAAAUAAAAUGGAUCAGAGAUGUGUAUGCAGAGGCUGAGGACAUCCAGAUGUUCAUCACAAACCACCACAUGUCUCAAGGGAUUUUUAGAACCUAUUCGAAUUUGGAGCUAUUGAAGGUAAGUGAAAUAGUAAUUUAAUUUUACAUUUUCUGAUUUUUUUGAAUUUUCAAUGUUAAUAAUAUCAUUGUGUAAGCUAUAUUGUGUAUUCUUCUUUAAAGUUUGGCUUUAUUUUUUAAUAAUUUGGCAUUAAUUUGUGUUAUAGGUUGCUGAGACCCGUUUUGCAUCAAACACAAUCGUCUUAAGACGACUUGUGAAAGUUAGAGUGGCACUAUGCAAUAUGGUGAUCAGCACCAAUUGGACUGUAUGGAAGCAAAGUAGCACUGAGAGGGCAGGAAAAAUUAGGGAUAGAAUAUUGGAUGAGAAAUGGUGGGAUCUUGUUACAUAUCUCCUAAGUAUCACUGAGCCCAUCAUGAGCAUGAUUCGCUAUACAGACAUGGAUAGGCCUUGCAUAGGUGAGAUUUAUGAUGGCAUUGAUUCAAUGCUUGAAAAAAUAAAGUUCACUAUAAAUGAAAAAGAGAAUGAUCCUCAGGAGAAAUUCUUCAAAGAACUGGAAUUAAUUAUUGUAGAGAGGUGGAAUAAGAUGACCACUCCUUUGCACCUUCUUGCCUAUGCCUUGACACCUAAGUACUAUAGCAAUCAGUUUCUUGAUAAACUAGGAAGGAUUCCACCAUGGAGAGAUCUAGAAGUAUCUGAUGGGUAUAAGGCAGCAUUUCUUAGACUAUAUCCCGAUGAUGAUUUUGCGAGAUGUUGUUACAAAUGAGUUCAUAGAAUUCGCAAAUGGGAAUGGUCUAAGUGUUGAUGCACUUCGUCAUAGAUCCAAGAAAGAUGCUCAUAGCUGGUGGUACUUCCAUGGCACAUGCUUCCAACACCUACAACCCCUCGCUAUAAAAGUUUUAUCACAAGUUGCUAGUUCAUCUGCUUCAGAAAGAAAUUGGAGCACAUACUCUUUCAUCCACUCAGUAAAGCGCAAUAGGCUGCUAUCAAAAAGAGCGGAGAAUUUAGUAUAUGUGCAUUCCAACCUACGUCUUCUUUCACACAAACAACAUGACUACACACAAGGGGAAACAAAGAUGUGGGAUAUAGAGCCAGAGCAUACUGAUUUGGAUGCUCCUGGUUCUCAGCUUCUUGCAUUGACACUUGAUGACUCGGAAAUUGAGCCAACUUAUAGUGCAAGUGCAAGUGGCAUUGGCUUAUGUAAUGUCAAUGUCAAUGAGGAUGAGGAGGAGGAGGAGGAGGAGGAUGAAGAAUUAGAUGAUCCAUUUGAUGAUUAAACUUUUAAGUUUAUAUUUUUGAAAGUUGAAACAAUGAUACUUGAAUAUUUUGUCAUUUUGAUAUUAAACUUGAUGUAUAUGAUGCUAUUAUCAAUUAUGGUAUGAUCAUGAUGCUAUGAUUACAAGUUUAUGUUUGUUUUGUUGUUCAUAUGAUGCUAUGUGACAUGCAUAUUUUAA